AUGCGUUCCGCUCUCAUCGCCACUCUGGCCUCCUUGGCCGCCGUGGGUGUUGCCCACCCCCACGCUCGCAGCUCGAACUCGCUCUCGCGUCGUGCUAUCGACCUUGACAAGUUCCGCAUGGUCAUUAAGACCGAAUACAAGAACGCUACUGAGGUCGAUGCCGACCCCACAAUCCCUACACUGAGGGCUCGUGCUACCGCCGAGGAGACCGCUACCGAGCUUGUUGCUGCUCAAGCUCCGGAUGCUGAGUUCCGCUUGUCCACUGACCACUACACCGGCAAGAACGGUGUUUCUCACUUCUACUUCAAGCAGACUGCCAACGGUCUUGACAUUGACAACGCUGAUUUCAACGUUAACGUUGGCAAGAAUGGCAAGGUCUUCUCUUUUGGUAACUCUUUCUUUAAGGGCAAGAUCCCUGCUCUGCCUACCACCAAGCUUGGCAAGCGUGCUACCACCGACCCAGCAGACUCUCUCAAGGCUGCUGUCAACACCCUCGGACUUCCUGUCGAAGCUGACUCCGCCACUGCUGAGCCCAAGGCCGAGAAGGAGACUUACGCCAUCAAGAAUACUAGCGGAAGCUUGAACGAACCCGAGGCCAAGCUUGUCUACCUUAUUGACUCCAAUGGCGAACUCAAGCUGACCUGGAGGGUCGAAACUGAUAUUGUCAGCAACUGGCUUCUAACCUACGUCGAUGCCACCACCGGAAAGGACGUUCACGCUGUCGUCGACUACUCUGCGGACGACAGCUACCAGGUUUACCCAUGGGGUAUCAACGACCCUACUGAGGGAUCGCGUGUCUACGAGGAGGACCCUUUCGACUCCUUCGCUAGCGAGUUCGGUUGGCACUCGGACGGCACCGAUUGGUUCAAGACAACCCGUGGUAACAACGGUGUUGCUCAGACCAACUGGGAGAACGACCUUACCUACGAGGCUCUCUUAAACAACUCUCGCCCUGUUGCUCGUGACCUCAAGUUCCACUACCCAUACUCGCUGAACGAGACCGACUACAAGAAGUACGCCAACGCCUCAGUUACUCAGCUAUUCUACACUUCCAACAAGUUCCACGACCUGCUGUACCAGCUCGGCUUCGACGAGCGCGCAGGUAACUUCGAAAUCAACAACAACGGUGCCGGCGGUAUCGGAAACGACUUCGUCUACUUGAACGCACAGGACGGCUCUGGCACUAACAACGCCAACUUUGCCACUCCUCCCGAUGGCCAGCCCGGCCGCAUGAGGAUGUACAUCUGGACUAACACCCAGCCCGUACGCGACUGCUCCUUCGAAGCUGGUGUCGUCAUCCACGAGUACACCCACGGUUUGUCCAACCGUCUGACCGGUGGCCCCAAGAACUCCGGAUGUCUGAACUUGCUCGAAUCCGGUGGUAUGGGCGAAGGCUGGAGUGACUUCUACGCGACUGCGAUCCGCCUCAAGCCCGGUGACACCCGCAAGAAGGACUACAGCAUGGCCGCCUGGGUCAACGGCAACGAGAAGGGUAUCCGCAACUACCUCUACUCGACCAGCAUGACGACCAACCCUCAGACCUACAAGAGCGUCGAGUUGUACCAGCGCGUCCACCCUAUCGGCAACAUCUGGGCCUCCAUGCUGUACGAAGUCCUGUGGAACCUGAUUGACAAGCAUGGCAAGAACGACAACGGGACACCUGACUUCGACAACAACGGCGUGCCUACCGAUGGCAAGUACCUCGCUCUGAAGCUUGUUCUUGACGGCCUGGCGCUCCAGCCUUGCAACCCCAACUUCGUUCAGGCUCGUGAUGCUAUCAUUGAUGCUGACUGGGCGCUUACUGGCGGUGCUAAUGCUUGCGAGAUUUGGACUGCGUUUGCUAAGCGUGGUCUGGGUGAGGGUGCGAGGUACCAGGCUACUGGUCGUCUGGACAGCUUCAAGAUCCCUAACGAUGCUUGCUAG